AUGUCUUGCCGCUCCUACAGAGUUAGCUCUGGUUGCCGCAUGGGCAACUUCAGCUCUUGCUCAGCAGUGACCCCCCAGAACCUGAAUCGCUUCCGGGCCAGCUCUGUCUCCUGCAGGAGUGGGCCUGGCUUCCGGGGCCUUGGCACCUCUGGUAGUCGGAGUGUUAUCGCUUUUGGAUCGUGCUCACCCCGGAUGGCAGCUGUAGGCCCUCGUCCCAUCCGCUGUGGAGUUGGCUUUGGUGCUGGCAGUGGGAUGGCCUUUGGCUUUGGUAAUGGGAGUGGUGCUGGUGUGGGCUUUGGGGCCAGCAGUUGUGUUGGUCUGGGAUUCGGAGCCAGUGGUGGCCUUGGCUAUGGCUUUGGUGGCCCUGGCUUUGGCUACAGAGUUGGAGGAGUUGGAGUCCCAGCAGCCCCAUCUAUCACGGCAGUGACUGUUAACCAGAGCCUGCUAACCCCCCUCAACCUGGAGAUUGAUCCCAAUGCCCAGAGGGUGAAGAAGGAUGAGAAGGAACAAAUCAAGACCCUCAACAACAAAUUUGCCUCCUUCAUCGACAAGGUGCGGUUCCUGGAACAGCAGAAUAAGCUCCUAGAGACCAAGUGGAACUUCCUCCAAGAGCAGAAAUGUGCCAGAAGCAACCUGGAGCCCCUUUUUGAGAACUAUAUCACCAACCUGCGGAGGCAGCUGGAUGUAGUGAACAGUGACCGGGCCCGGUUCGAGGCUGAGAGGAACCACAUGCAGGAUGUUCUUGAGGGUUUCAAGAAGAAGUACGAAGAGGAGGUGGGAUUCCGGGCCAGUGCUGAGAAUGAGUUUGUGGCUUUGAAGAAGGACGUGGAUACAGCUUUCUUAAAUAAGUCUGAUCUAGAGGCCAACGCGGAUGCCCUAACUCAGGAAAUUGACUUUCUCAAAGCUUUAUACAUGGCGGGAAGGCGCAGUCGGGCUGAUGCUGAGGCCUGGUACCAGACCAAGUAUGAGGAGAUGCGUGUGACAGCUGGCCAGCACUGUGACAACCUGCGCAACACACGGGAGGAGAUCAAUGAGCUGACCCGCCUAAUCCAAAGACUAAAGGCAGAGAUCGAGCACGCCAAGGCUCAGCGGGCCAAGCUGGAGGCAGCGGUGGCCGAGGCAGAGCAGCAGGGCGAGGCGGCCCUCAACGACGCCAAGUGUAAGCUGGCCGAUCUGGAGGGCGCCCUGCAGCAGGCCAAGCAGGACAUGGCCCUGCAGCUGCGAGAGUACCAAGAACUGAUGAAUGUCAAGCUGGGCCUGGACAUCGAGAUCGCCACCUACAGGCGCCUGCUGGAGGGCGAGGAGAUCCGGAUCUGUGAAGGUGUUGGACCAGUAAACAUAUCCGUGAGCAGCUCCCGGGGUGCUGUGGUGUGUGGGCCUGAACCCCUGGUGGCCACCUCCACGCUUUCCCGUGGCGGGGUCACUUUCUCAGGCAGCAGCAGCAUCCGGACCAGUGGCGCCUGUGGCUUCAGCCUGGGUGGAAGCCGGGUCGUGACGGCCUGCGGGGACCUGCUGAGCGCAGGCUCCCAGGGUGGCUCCGUGCUCACAGGUGAAGCCUGCGUUCCCAGUGUCCCCUGCCCGCUGCCCACUGAGGGGGGCUUCAGCAGCUGCAGCGGGGGUCGCGGCAGCCGCAGCUCCAGCGUCCGCUUCGUGUCUACCACCACCUCCCGCCGGACCAAGUAUUGA